GUGUCAUCAGUAUCAUCGGAUCAGAUAUGGUGGUACCCUUUUACUUUUGAUUUAAGCAACACUGCCGUAUAAGUGUGAACACUUACGGUAUAAUAAAAUCUACCAACAGUAGUUUUAAUUAAAGAUUCCCCUCUCCGUCAUCUUCAAAAAGAGAGAGAAUGUCUUUAGUGGAAUGGCAAUUUAGUAAUUUGCGUUAUUCGCAGUUACUUUGACUUGACGACCUACGCGAAUGUUUGAAUGUCUUUUUACCGGGCCAAAGGUUUUCCAUUAUUUUUGUUAUAAAAGCGGAAUAAAACCCAUGGAUUUGACAAAGGAUACCGACCAUUACAUCCGGAAGUAUAUUUUCAAUUGAUUGAAUUUGCAGCUACUAAACAUCAAUGAUAAUUAUGGGAACCGUAGGAAUGUCGAGAGUUAAGUGUUUUGAUGUUGGGAUAUUUUUAUUGUGCCAAUCAAGUUGAGUCUAACUACCUAUUUAUUAUUGACGGGAAAUGGUUUCGGCUUCAGAAAACCAUUCAUACUUCGGGAUGGACAACUACUGUUUUCAAGAUUCUAGCUGCAACUCCAAGAGAUUAGGUCGAUCUGUGAGCGUAAACGUAGACGUAACCAAUUUUAACAUUUACAGACCUCCCCCGUCAGGUACGAUACUGAGAUGGAGGAAAUCCAAAGGCGAUCCGCAAAGCAUCUUCGAAGAAGAAUUACCUUCUGAUGAUUUCGAAUAUAUGGAGUGCGGACCGUCACCACCGGCCGAUCACACGCCUCAUAUUUACGAGAGUUUCGAAGAAUUCUCGACAAGUGCGGAUUUAUCUGUUCAAAUAUGUCACGACACCAUCAAAAUGAAUCUGUUAGAGCAUAUGAAAGUUUCGUCGGGGCGGCAUCAAUUGUUGGACGAUAUAGAAAAUAAGAAAAUUCAAAAUAUAGAAGAUUUGAAAGUUCAUUUUAAAGGAGCUUCUAAAGUGGAAGUUAAUACGGGAUUUCUUUGGGCGGCAUUUAUGAGAAGGCAUGAUUUAUUACAAGGUUUUUUAGAAAUGGGCGCCGAUCUUAAUUAUUAUGAACCUAUUCAAGGUUUAAGUGCGAUACAUUUAACAUCAUUCAGCGGUUGUACAAGCGGUACCCAAUUCCUGAUAUCAAAAGGAUGUGACGUAAAUGCUUUGUAUAAAUGUUACACUCCGUUACAUUGCGCAGCUUUCGGAGACAGUCCCGAAACGGCUCUGAUUCUCCUAAACAAUGACGCUAAAGUACAAACACUCACCAACAGUCCCCAUAGUUGCCAUGAGAGUGUCCUUCAUUGCGCGGUUAGGGCAAACGCUAUAGCUUGCGUGAAAUUAUUCACACAAGAAGGCGCCGACGUAGCUGAAUGCGAAUCAGGUUUAUCUCCAAUCCAUUUAGCUGCUGAUUUAGGUCAUCCCCAAUGCUUGAAGAUCCUUUUAGAACCCAAAAAGUUUAACGUCAAUACGAAAACGAAAGAUAAGGAACAAACACCGUUACAUUUAGCGGCCGAAAGUGGUUACGUGGAAUGCAUAGAAAUUUUGUUAGAACACGGAGCAGAUGCAAAUAUAAGAAAUCAUAGAGCACAAUCACCUCUACAUCUAGCAGCCAGAGCACAAGCUUACGACUGUGUAGAGAUUUUACUGAGAAAAGGAAACGCUGAUCCGAAUAUGGGGGAUUGCGAUCAAAGAACAUCCUUACAUUGCGCCGUAGGAAAAGCAGCGAGAUCUUACGAUAUCAUAGAAAUUUUAAUGAAUUACGGUGCCGAUAUCAACACUAAAGAUCAAUAUGGAUAUACUCCUCUACAUAUAGCAGCUUUAAACGAACUAUCUCAAUGCGUCGAGGUUUUAUUGUAUCACGGAGCUGAUGUAACUGCUAAAUCGAAAUUCGGCAUGACCGCUUUAGGGAUAAUAACUAGAAAAACUCCUGCUUCGUUAGCUAUGGUAACGCAAAAACUAGAUUCCGCCAUAACGUUACACCACCAUCCAGAAUCCUCCAAUAGAGAAGUAGAGUUACGUUUAGAUUUCAGAGGUAUUCUACAAUAUUGCCAUCCGAGAGAAAUAAGUUUUUUAAAUACAUUCGUAGACGAAGGACAGAAAGAAAUUCUACUCCAUCCGCUUUGUUCGGCUUUUCUCUAUUUGAAAUGGGAAAAGAUACGAAAGUACUACAUAGCGCGUAUGUUAUUUUGUUUUAUUUUCGUUCUAAGUUUAUCUUUAUACGUAUUAACAGCUUUAGCGCAUAAUUGUUACAACCACGGUAAGAAUAUGAACGAUACGCAACCUCAAAACGUUAUAGAACUUUGCGAAAAAAAAUCCAUGAUGGGUCAUAUGUUGAGAAACAAUCCUUUUGUGAUAGAAAUGCAGUGGUUUGUGUUAGUAGGAAUAACUUGCUGUGAGAUACUUAGAAAAGUGUACGGAAUAGCUGGAUAUCCAUCGGUAAGACAGUAUUUAUCUCAUCCGGAAAAUAUCAUAGAAUGGACUGUUAUUGCGAGCGUUUUCGUUAUUUCUUUUAUAUAUACAGGAAGAACUUAUACUUGGCAGAAUCAUGUAGGUGCGUUCGCUGUGCUAUUCGGUUGGACUAAUUUGAUGUUGAUGGUGGGACAGUUGCCUAUUUUUGGUUCGUACGUUGCUAUGUAUACUAGAGUUCAAGGGGAAUUCGCUAAACUAUUACUAGCUUAUUCUUGCUUACUUAUUGGAUUUACUAUUAGUUUUUGCGUUAUGUUUCCAGAUUCGUCGACAUUCGCGAAUCCUUUUAUAGGUUUGAUUACAGUAAUGGUAAUGAUGACGGGAGAAUUGAAUCUAGAUCUUCUAGUUGACGAUGAUCCCGAAGAUCCGCCAUUUCUUUUAGAAGUAAGUGCUCAAGUCACUUACAUAUUAUUUUUAUUAUUUGUUACAGUUAUUUUAAUGAAUCUAUUAGUAGGUAUAGCUGUACACGAUAUACAAGGUUUACAAAAAACAGCGGGGUUAUCAAAAUUAGUUAGACAAACUAAAUUAAUUUCAUACAUGGAAUUAGCUCUUUUCAACGGAUAUUUACCUCAAUAUUUGUUAAAUUUAUUACAUUGGACGGCAUUAGUAUCCCCCAAGGCAUAUCGAGUGGUUCUAAACGUGAAACCUUUGAACCCGAGGGAAAAAAGGUUACCUAAAGAUAUACUGAAAGCAGCGCAUGAUAUUGCGAAACAAAGGAAACAUUUCGGACAUACUAUAUCGUCUAGAGCUAGCGAAAUGGCUUAUUCCAAAAAACCCGUUAAUAAUAAUCUAGAUCAGAAUUCUGAAAUUUUAGAUUGUCACAGUGUAUUGCCGAUAAUGCAAAGUAAAAUUGAGAAAAAUGGCGAACAAGUCGAACAUCUUAGUAAAGAAAUUAGGGAAUUGAAAAAUCUUGUUGAAGCAAAUCAAAAACUUAUCGAACAGCUUUUGAAUACUAUUUUACAAAAUAAGAAAAACAGCAAAUGUUAAUAAAGUAGAUAGAUAUGUAUUUAGAUAUUAGUAUACGAACUGGAAUGUAUACAAUAUAAAAAAAUUAGUUAAAAUAUUCACUAUAAAAUACACGAUCAUAAUAUCCUGUGCAAAUCAAUAUAUUUAUCGAUCUAUUUCAUAUUUCACUUGUGAAAGAUCAAUUAGUAUAAAGCAUCGAUUGAUUAAUUUGACAUAUUUAAGGUUUGCUAUCAAGUAAGUAUCGAAAAGACCAUCCCGGAAUCGGUUCACAAACGAUACCCAGCUCGGUUGGAAUCGUUCGUAUUUCGGUUACUGUCCGGUUGGAACACGUAAUCUCUAUUGCGCAGAAUCGUCACCGUAUCAAGGACGGUUUUUUUAUGGGUUGGAACGAACCUUCAAUUCAACCUUUGAUCAUACAGUUACAUGGACAGCUCCUUCUUCUAUUCUCCCCAGUAAAAGAAAAGUGGUAAAACAAACAAUGAUUAUUUUCGAUACAGUUUCUUAAAAACGGGUAGUCAAUGUUUCAAAAAUCCAAUUGCAUUUCAAUUAUCAAAAGAAAAUAGAAAAAUACUUUUGAGUCUUUUUGUUUUAGGAAUCAAUAAAAGAUUUCGAUUGCUUGGAUCUAAUAGAACACAUUUCUGAUUUUUUUAAAGAGCUUUCUACGUUUAUGUGCGAAUGCGCUAAUGCUAAAGCAUGAAUAUAGAACCAAUUUGCAUAUUUUCCAUUGGUUCAGGCUUCAUUAACUACUUUAUUCGGUAAUUACUAUACUGUGAACACAGCUAAAAUGAGCUAAGAAAAGUGAAUAUGGAGAGCCUAUAGAACAAUUAAAAUAACUUUCAAUUGUUCUUGUGAAAAAAUCUAAAACCAUUGACAAACCAUACAAAUAUUGAAAACUGUUUUGGAGUCAAUAUAAGCAGACGGUGCUUCAUAAAUAAUGUUCUUUUCCAAUGUCAACUUGGUUUAUUAAAUAAUCAUACAAUGAGAAAGCCUUAAUAUUCGAAGUAUAGCCCAUCGUAUUCUAUGGUUUGAGUCCAACGAUCGGCAAGCUUUUGAGACCUUGGUGAGAUCGUUAUUUGGGAUAAGAUGCAAAGUUCACUAAAUCUUCAUAAUUCCACCAGACACAAGAUUUUUCGCUCGAAUCGACUUGUAUUUGAGACAGGUUCUGAUAAUUUUCUUGUGUCUAACAACUGAUUUUUCAUGUUCGGGUUAUUUAGAUAAAUCCAUUCUUCAUUGGAAAUAACAAAGCGUCUAACAAAACAAUCAUCUUUCGGAAGGGAAAUGAGCUGUUUCGCUUGAAUCUCGAUUAAUUCCUUUAGCACUUGUCGAUAACUUUCAUAGGUCUAAUCUAAUGAUUCUAAAUGGUGAUGUAUGGUAUCUUUAGAAGGUCUAAAGGGGUGCGAUAAUCGGCGAGUAUGAUUUGCUACAAAUCAAACAACGUUGUAUCGUUAGCUUAUUAAUUGUGUCUUCCUCUCCUAUUUCACAUAUUUUCCUUCCUGCUACGGCUGAUUUAAACUUUGUUUACAUUAAUGUCUUAUCAAUAUACGAAUUUAAUGUUUGUCGCAUUCCAUACUAAUAUGGAAAAAACGAUUGAAAGAAAGUGAAGCAAUUGUACUUUUUGGAAUUAGAGGCUAGACUAGCGCAAAGAUGUGUGGAAUCGUUUUGACGUUAAUUCUUUAAGAUGUUUUACCAGUUUCUCUACCAAAGUAACAUCUAACUGUAUGAUCUAAAAUUUUAAAUAUUUUGUGAUGAAAAGUUGAAAAUAAAAUAUCGAUGCCUUAGAGCAGAAAUGAACCAUGUACGUUUCGGACUACUUUUAGAAAACACGAAGUUUUGAUACGUGCAUAACUCUAGUAAUGAUGCCUUUUGAUUUUCAGUAAUUUUGUAGUCUGUAAUCUUUGUAAAAAUGUUACAAAAAAACUUUUCUCAUUCUAGAAUCUCAGUUUUUGAUUUAUCUAUUAAAUGGACAUAGGACAUUUAUGCUCUAUCGUAUCGUAUCGAUUUUUAAACUAAGAAACAUUCUUAUUUAUUAGCACUUGUGUUAGAAUUUCCAAAGUUGAAAUCAGCAAUCACAGGUCACCUAUAUUUAGAUGGUUCAUAACAACGACAAAUAGGCGCCAUCUAUAUGUCUAAACUUCAACUACUAAACUGACAUAUUUGACAAAAUACUGGCAAAUUCAUAUUUUAUAAAUAGCGCGAAAUUUAAAUUUUAUUUCACGGUAGUUAAUACCAAAAACAAGUACUUAAUAAUAUUUUUUUGCUUCAAAUAAGUAUCAAAAUUGCAUAUUUUUUGGUGUAUAUUGUUAUAACAAUAAUGAAAUUUCUUAUUUCCUAGACAUUUUUAUAUGUUUUUCUUGUUCAUUUGUCUUAAUUUUAGGUCUCGUCUAUUUGAAUAUUUGAAUUUGACGAUUCAACCAAAUAUUUUGACAAAAAACCGAAAUAGGUGUAUAUAAUGUAUAACAUUGAUAUUAAUUUUCGUGAUAUACAGGGUCCAAAAAAUUCGUAGAUGAUGUGUAAAAAAUACUGUCAGAAAAAAAAUUCUCAUACGUUUCCUCGUUUCUGAGUUAUGAGCCCUAAAAGUUGCGAAAUCAAAACUUAUAUUGAAUAUAUUUUCUAAAUUAACAUUCGAAUAUUAUGAAGUUUUAAUGGAUGAUUACGUAUGUCCAUGACUGUGUGUUUGACGGAAUAAAUAAUUCUACACUACUAUCUGAAGGCCAAGGGCGUCUCAUACCUAAGGGUUAACAAUCCAUAACUUUUACAGGGACAAAUUGUACAAUCUAAAUAGCCAAAAGAAUUUUUCAAUCGAUUUUUUAACCAAAAGAUACUCUUUGUUUAACUCUUUGUACAUGCCAAAAAAACUGUUCGCCAUAAAGAGGCAUUCUGGAGAAAAUUAUCAUAAAUUGUUAUUAUUUAUUGAAAAUAAUUACAGGAGAUAUUGAAACACAAUGUAUAAUUAUUUAGAAAAUAUACUUGAAUAUAAGUUCUGAUUUCGCAACUUUAAAAGCCUAUUAGUCAAAAACAAGGAGUUUUAUGAGAAAAUUUUUUUUGUCACACCAUUAUUUUCACGUCAUCUUCUCCCGGAACACCCUGUAUAUUAACAUGAAACAAAAUUCAUUCAUAUAUCAAGAAAUGUGUUGUUGACCUUGUCAUAUUAUGUAAUUUUAUAAUGAUUUGAUUAUUCUUUUUUGAAUAAUUCAUCAAAUCUCGGAAAAAGUACCAACAUAAACAUAUAUGUUAAUUAAAUGUAUUGCAAUACAAGGACUUCGUUUUAUAAAAUAAUUUCCACUUGUUGAUUAUUUACAAACUAUUUUGAUAAAGUGCUAAGUAAAUAUGUGUGUUAUUUGUACAAUCAAAGUCUUUCCAAGUGUUUAUUGAUAAGCGGAGAGCUGAUGAAUUCCUCUAUGUAUAUUUUCUGAAAUAAAUUAGAAGAAGAAACGUAGUUAACGUGAUAAAUAUGUAAAUUUGUAUUAUUAUUCAUAAUUAGUGAUGGAUUUACGCCUUGACCCAUGAGGUGUAGGGCGGCAAAAUUUUUGAAAUGCCAGAAAGAUAAUCCAUUUCAAAAAUUGAUUUAUAUUAGUUUUAAUGAAAUUUUUUUUUCAUGGAAUAUAGACUGAAAAAACUCGACUCAAGAUAAAAAAUCUUGAGCCAAGAACUUUUUCUAGGUUUGAGUAAAUUUUUUGAGUACAAGUUAUUUUUCUUUUUCUCAAAAUUAUUAACUUCAAUAUUUUUUGCGUUGAAUGAAGUUAACAGUUUCUUUAUUAAUUCUCAUUCAAUCUUCAUUAAUUUACUUCUUAAUCUGUUGAUAAGAUAUCAAUUUUUUAAUAUAUCAGUGAUAGUCUUUUCCUUGCAAUUAAUCCUUUACCAGGUUAUGUUGCUUAUGCUAUCUAUUCUUUAAAUUUGGUAGGAUUGUGUGUAGUUGAAUCGGUUUCAGAAGCAGUUGACUUAUUUUCUACUUAAAAAGAUCAGAAUUGAAAUGGCUCGAAAGGCAUUUGUCAAGUAUUCCUCAAUGUUUGCAAACAGAAAUCUGAACCUCCACAUCAGAAUAGGAUUCAUUAAAUGUUAUGUGUGGCCAAUACUGCUGUACUUGGACCUUGAAAGCUCAAAUGAUCAAAAAACUUGAGGUAUUUGAGAUGUGGCUCUAUAGACGCAUCCUGAAGAUACCUUGAACUGACAAAAUCACCAAUGACGAAGUACUAAGACGCAUUGGUCGCAAGAGAAAGCUGUUGACAAUUAUUGAGAUAAGAAAAACGUGAUCUCCAACCUUCAAUGAGAAGACAGUAUUAGAAGAAGCAGAAGAAGAACUAUACAAUUUCUUUACUAUAUUUACACGUCGUUGGGAAAUCCUGGUGUAACGUAUCCAAUUCAAGAUUUGAGAGUCUUCAUUAAAGUCGUUGGUCUGCUCGACAUGAGUGCUACGCAUUAGGAAAAUACUGCAAUAAUUGAUGCAAUGGAGUUUAAAGUCGAAAGCAGAUAUGAGAAAUCGACUACGCGAUUUGAAGCUAUGGGAUAGCAAAGAAAAUUACAAAAUUUGGAAACAGGAAUCUUAAUCAUUGUAAUUAGAAUGUAAUUUUAAAGUUUUACAGUUCUCUGGUUUUUUUAAGACAUGAGAGAGAGACAAUUUUUUGAGUAUGAAGAAAUAAACUAAAGCACUAUCUAUGAUAUGAUAUAACACUGUUCAACGAAAACUCAUACCAAUUUUUGAAUGUACUAUGAUCGCCAAACAAUAAUAUAUCAAUGGGAGGAAAAUUGACAAAUCAGGUUUCUUUAUGACAUCAAGACAUAUAUUUUUUAAAAUGUACAAUAAAUGGCUAUGAUUCUCGUGAAUGUUCGGCUUAUCCAGUACAGUAAUCUGUUAGCAUUCCUGGAUUUUUCCCUUGAUACCGCUUUUCUAUUAAGGAAAUGUCUUUUGCCUUGUUCGUCACUCAUAGAACCCAAAUUCUCGGGAAAGAAAUCCAGAUGAGUGAAUAUGUAUUUUCAAAGACAUAUUACAUCCCAAAGCUUUGUAUGAAAUUAUAAGCUCAUUGAUUAAGUCUUUGUAAUUUUCCGCUUUAUGGUUUCCUUGGAAAUUUUGGACAACAUUCUCAAAACAUUUCUAGGCGACUUGUUCCAGGUUAUUCAGCUCUCCUUCAAAGUUUGUAUUCAACAUUGUGGACCAAUAAAUAUUCCUUUUUUAUUUUUUGCCUCGCUGAAUUUGGGAAAUUUCUCUUUCAGAUAUAAGAAUCCAAUACCAUCUUUAUGUAUAACUUUUAUGAAAUAUAAAAUCAGGCCGAGUUUUAUAUGCAAUGGUGAUAAAAGUAUGUCUUCAGGGUUCACUAAAGGGUCAUUUUUAACUUUCUUCUGCCCUGGAAUAAGUGAUCCACGCUUGUGCCUUACUUUCUUUGUGUAGUGACAUUUUCUGUCUCAUUCGCAAAUGAAUCAACAAUAUUUUGUGUAACCAAGCCGGAGCCCAAGCAAAAAAGCAAUGUCUUUAAAAUCUCCACAAAUUUUCCAAACACGUUUACUGCAUUUAAUUUUUUCAAGAAGGAACUUCUUGUUCUCGUAAUGAUCUUUCAUAUCAGAACCAUGAACAACACUGCUUUCAAGCUAGGUUUUGAGGAGUCAAUGAGCAAUCUCCAGUGACUUAAAUCAUAUUCAAAAUUCAAUAAAUCAUCACUGUAAAUUCCAGUUCUUUAAUCUAGACUUCAAAAGCUCAGCUUCUUUUUUAGAAAAAUCGUUUAAAUCACUUUGUAUCAAUAAAUGAAGUUGAUGUUUGAUAACUUGGAUAACUCUCUCGAGAUAACUGGGUUGACAAAGAACAAAUUCCGGACUAGAAACAGAAUUCUGACUUUCUGCUUUUGAUUUGGAGGCUUUGGCACAGGCAGAUAGACACUAUGUAGGAAUGGUAGGAACAAUCACUUACAUGAUCUUCUGGUUCCGUCCAAAUCAUUGGUAUACCGAAAGGCAAAUGUCUAGAUUUUUGUUUAGCCCAAUCUAAUAGGAGUUUCAAACACUUUACACAACAUAUAUGUGGAACCCAGGAUUUAUCCUGGUGGUGCACAGGAAAACGAAAAUAGUCUAAAUAGCACUUUGCAAUUAACGGCGUAAAUUUUCGACAGUGAGAUGUAACAGUUAAUUCUUCACACACAUAACAAAAACUGUCCGGGUUAUUAAAACACUUCCGCAAUAGUUAUACAGUUAUACAAACAAAAAUAGUAAAUUAGGUCAGAAAAGAAUAUUUAGCUGUCACAAAAAAACUAGAUGUGACUGAAACAAAAUAAUAGUUUUUUUUAAUGAAGGUACAUCAAAACAAAUAAAAAUCAUCACAAAGUUUUACUGAUAAAAACAGUGUAAUCGUCGCAAAACAAAAUCGAAAAAUACAGCCAGAUGACUCACGGCAAAAUGAAAGACAAUUUUCUUUAGACAAGAAAAUUAUUAUUUAUAAUUUAUCUAUGUAAGGCUUAUAACUUUUAUAACUUUGUUGUUUAUUAGUAAUACUUAAAUUUAUACUUCAUAAAAUUUUGUUAUUUUGAAAUAAAAAUUAUGGAUCGAAAUGAGACCUAUUUUAUCCAAAAAGGGCUGCGCAUCGAACGGGGCCUAGGGUAUAAAUCCGUCACAGUUCAUAAUAACGAAUACAUAAAUACAAGACUAUGUUCCAUACGAAAUAUUUUUCAAAAAAAGCUGUCAUAAUAUUUUUGGAAAUAUUUACUUUAAAUUGUAGGAAUAUCUUUGGGUUAUACAGGGUUAGGCAAUGAUUUCGCAAAUAAUUUUUUUGUCGAAAAAAUACAUUAAUAGGAAAUAAAAAACUAGCCAUUCGAUAUACAAUUAUUUAAAAACUACAUCUGCCAAAUGUCCUCUGUAGACAUCUAUGUAUUCAUGGAGUCGAGUAUGAAAUAUCUACAUAACUCUUCGCAGCAUAUCAACAGGUAUUGCUGCAAUCUCGUCACGAAUUCGUUGUUUGAGGGCCGGGAUUGUCCUAGGUGGAUCAGUUCCAAACUCUUUCGUUUUUAUAUAACUCCAUAAAAAGAAGUCACAGACAGAAUGGUCGGGAGUCUGAUAGGGCCAAGCGAUAUCCACCACCGUCUUGUUGAAAAAUUGUGUUUUCAUUAACUGGUAAGCGAUGAAGUUCGGGCGUGAGGAAGUUUCGAAUCAUUGCAACGUAUCUCUCAGAAUUAACAGUAACGGCAUUUUCAGCUUCAUCCUCAAAAAAAUACGGACCGAUCAUUCCAUUUGCCGACAUUGUUGAGGCAAACGAGGGUGCUCCUACACCCUUUUUUGUGUCUCAUCACUCAUCACAAGUUGUUAAUUUGGUCAUCAUUUUCUUCCAACCUGGCAAGCAUAACCUCACAAAAUCUGAGACGCUGUUGAUACUUAUCCAGGUGAAGAGAUUGAACAACCUGUAUUUUAUAAGGAUGAUAUCGAAGAUCUUGAUGGAGUACCCUUUUCACUGAUCUGUCACUUAUUAGAAGGCGUGUGACGUGACAGACUGUCGAUAGACGUGGACUUCCUAACACUGCUUGUCGAACACGUUCGAUAUUUUCAUGGGGUUUGAAGCGUUCUGGCACUACCACCUCUUUUUGUAGAUGUCGAUCCAGUUUGCUCGAGGUUGUUCACCCACGUUUUAAUCGCAUGGCCUGACAGGUUGGGUACACGGUAUGUUAAAAUGUCGUCUAAAAUCCCGACGCUAAACUCUCGCCAUUUUGAUAAUAAGCCUUGAUUGCGUAUACGCGGUGCUCACCCGUCCAACGCAGGCCUGUGACUGUCUUCCUUACCACAUCACCCCGCGCUGCAAGUCCCACCCCAAAUCUUCCCGUUUUAUUGCCGUUGUAAUGAAUGAACAUAAAUCGUCCACAUCUAUUAGAUUUGAAGAUCAUUUCUUAUAUUCACAGGAUAUUAUAAUCCAUUUAUAACUAAUCUUAAAAGUAGUACAGGACUAAUUUCGAUAAAUGGGCAUAUAAAUACCUACUCUACAAGUUGCCCAAGGAAAAGGAAAAUAAAUCUUCAAUUUUUUAUGCUUUUUAACUUUUUUUAACCACCAUUUGAAUUAGCUGUUGAUUUAUUCAAAUAUUACAGAUUAAGUUUUGACUUGAUAACACGUAUAUGCAUGAAAAUUAUUACUUAGAUGUAUUUUUUUAUUUAAAAAUUAUAAAUAUUUUAAAUAGAAAAGUCAUCUUGCCAUUGAAAGUGUGAUACUAGAUCUAGGAUUGUUGAUGUUUUUUUGAAUAAACGUUGUAAACAACA